ACGUGACAUCAAUUAACAAAAAUUAGGUAAAUUGAAACAAAUCAAGAAUGACUUUAGAUAUCGUUUGUAAUUUUCGUAAGUGCAGAAAAGCUCUAACAAGCCAAGCAUGGGUUACUACGUGUUCACAUGCAUUUUGUGUCGAUCAUGGCAAACGUGAAUUUAAAAGACACAUCGACAACUCAUUAAUUUGUCCUGCAUGUAAUAGCGAACUACGAGACAAAUUCGACGUCAUCCAAGCUGAUCUUAAGCCGAGCGAAACAUUCAAAUCUAUAGUUUUGGCCGGUCUAAAACCGGACACCAUCAUGGACGUGGCUAUGAGAGCGAUAUCGUUCUGGUCCUAUCAAAUUGAGCAGGAAACAUUAUAUCAGGAGAGCCUAGCCAACCAUUCAAAAGAAAAACUCCAAUGCUUGGAAGAAAUAAAUACGUUGAAUGCACAGAAACUUAAAGCGGAAUUGGAUACGGCGAAACGAAAAAUAGCCUCUUUACAAGAAGAAUUUAAAAAGAAAAAGAAGCAGUCUGAUGAGUUGACGGCCUUAUUAGAGGAGAAGACGAGAAAAAUACAGAAGUUGGCGUUUCAGCUUGACGCACAUAAACGGAGGGAUAUACACGGCCAGAAUGUUAGUAAAAAUGACAAUGCAGCACAAUGCAUGGACAUAUCAGAGUUGGUCGGACAAAGGGCGGCUUCGGACGCAUUCGUAUUUAAACCAAUGAGAGACAACGAAGAUUCGCGUCAAAUAUUUUCGCCAAAAACGCCAAUUUUUGAUUUUCGUGCCAAAAGAAAGCCAAGUUUUCAAUUCAGGCCACUAAAAUCAUAGCGUAGUCUGCAUGCUUAGUUUAG